CUUGUCUUAGCCGAAAUAGGCAUUCUUGAGCCUUGGUGCUAGCCGUAGUUUACGACAACAUAAUGAUGGCCGCUUUCGCUGGCAGCAGUAAAGGACCAGAGCUAUCCAAAGCUGAGUACCUAAAACGUUAUUUAUCCGCUGACGACGAUGCCCAGAAAUCAAAGGGGAAGCUUAAAAAGAAACGGCGUAAGGUUCCUGAGAAAGGACUUAAAAUAGUAGACGAUGACAUAGACUGGAAACAGAUGGUCAAAGAGGAGACGGAGAUUGAAGAGGACGAAGAGGAAGCUCCAGUGAUUGCUGAGGUGAUUGAUGAUCGACCAGAUGAGGUGAAACAGCUGGAAGUUUUCAGAACCAGCAACAGAUGGAAAGUGAUUGGAGCUGAUGAAGAUAAAGACACAAGCAGGAGUUACCAUGACUCGCCAGAGCUGUCAUCAAAGAGAAGGGGACACGAUUCCCCUGUCAAAAAGACCGGACAUGACUCUCCAGACACGCCCCCUCCCAGGAGAGGUCGCCACGACUCUCCAGACACGUCCCCUCCCAGGAGAGGUCGCCACGACUCUCCAGACACGUCCCCUCCCAGGAGAGGUCGCCACGACUCUCCAGACACGUCCCCUCCCAGGAGAGGUCGCCAUGAUUCUCCUUACAGAUCCCCUCCAAGAAAAGGUCGCCAUGACUCACCAGACUUUUCACCUCCGCGGCAACAUCCAGGGAAAUCAGGGAAGGUGCAAAGUAAAGAUUCAUCCCCCACCAGAAGAAAGCCCAGCUCAUCCUUGUCAAGUAAAAAACGUUCACCUGAUCCUCAUCGGUCACCACUUGCAAAGAGGGCUCAGAACAGGCAUGAUUCAGACUCUGACCAGUCACCUCCACGAAAAAAGCCACUAAAGGGCGAAGCCUCAGACUCUGACCAGUCUCCUCCAAGGAGGCACUCAAAAACAAGACGAGGGUCUGAUUCUGACCAGUCUCCACCCAGGAGGCGGCUGCAGAGGGGAAAAGACUCAGAUGACGAUCUGUCACCACCUGGUAGACCUGGCCAGUCACAGGGCCACAGGAUGCUUUCUGGUGGGAAGGCAGGUCUGGUUUCUGUAGAUAUUUUAAGGAAAGAGCAGGAGGAGAACCGACGCAGAGAAAGAAAUAACCAGCCACUAGAAGAUCAAUCCCGCAAUGCCCAGACCAUCUUCAGAGACAAGAGCGGUAAAAGGAGGGAUUUAGAAUCGGAGAGAGAAGAACAGAAGAGGAAAGCUGGAGAAAAAGCAGCAAAAGAUGAGAAAUAUGCUCAGUGGGGGAAAGGGUUGACCCAGGGCCAGAUGCAUAAGCAGAAACUUGAAGAUGCACUGCAUGAAGCCCAGAAGCCACUGGCACGUCACUACGAUGAUGAGGAUCUUGACCGUAUGUUGAGAGAGCAGGAAAGGGAGGGAGAUCCGAUGGCUGCGAUGCUCAGACGGAAAAAAGAUCGCACGAAGACACAAGAGAAGCCUCGGUACAAAGGCCCAGCACCACCUCCAAACCGGUUCAAUAUUCUACCAGGCUAUCGCUGGGAUGGAGUUGACAGGUCAAACGGUUUUGAACAGAAACGCUACACGCGGAUAGCAGACAAAAAAGCUGGCCAGGAGGCAGCUUAUAAAUGGAGUGUGGAGGACAUGUAAUGGCAAUUGGAAACUGAUGAUGCAGGAGCGGAGCCGCUCAAUGCAGGACUGCUGAACCUCUAUAGAAUUAGUUUAGACAGAAUAUCUAAUCUGUGCUGUUGAAACAUCUAUGGAUUAGACUCAUCUUCUCAGCAGAAAUGACAUGCUGAUAUGGACUAAGAAAGAUUUUGUUCACCUUUCCAAAGCAGUUUGGUUUACAACUGUACAACAGAAAUCUGAUCAUUACAAACUGAUAAACUACAAACAUAACUGUACAUAGCAGUAAGUUGACAGCAUCUUUAUGAUUUUGUAAUAAUCGAUUCAAUGUGGAACCAAAAGAGAUGUUUUUCACUGUUUUAUUAAAUAAUGUUUUUGUAAAGUGUUGUGCACGUAGUGACAAGUGUUCAUAAACAGUAGCUUUUGAUGCCUUAUUUACUUU